AUGAAGAGUUUAAGAAGAGAUGUCUCUUCAAACCCGCAAGCCGCCAAUGUCACCAGCAAAGUCUUCGUGCGGUCCACGAAAAGUGGAAAGGUGCAAAAGAUUGUUCGUGAGCUCUAUCUGAGACAAGACAUUCCCUGCUCCUCGAAGCUUUGCUCCCUAUGCCCUUCGAUCGCCCCGGCAGAUGCCAACGGAAACAUUGCGCCAUUCGUCCUGUCCGAUCGUCCCGCCGGCACCAAGGCAUUCCCCCGCGGCCAUUACCUCGUCCCCGAUACGAAUGCGCUUUUGAACGGCAUGGAUCUUUUCGAGCACACCGGUGCCUUCUACGAUGUUAUUAUUCUGCAGACCGUCCUCGAGGAGCUUCGAAACCAGUCGCUGCCUCUCUACAAUCGCCUUCUUUCCCUGAUCAAAACCGAUGAGAAGCGCUUUUACCUCUUCUUCAACGAGUUCCGCAUGGAGACCCAUGUGAGGAGAGGCCCGGAGGAGUCGAUCAACGAUCGGAAUGACCGUGCAGUUCGCACGGUGGCCAGCUGGUACGAGGAGCAUCUGCGUGCUUCGACCAAGAAGAGCAAGAAAGAGAAGUCUAUUCCUGCUAUGGUCGUUAUUACCGAUGAUAAAGAUAGCAUUCGCAAAGCCAAGGCGGAAAAUGUGACGGCUCUCUCUCUCGCAGACUAUGUCGCCGGUCUUGAGGAUUCGGAGAAGCUGUUGGAUAUGAUCAGCGAGGCUAAAGAGGCUCGUGAUACAAAGGGUUCCGCUCGUGGGGAGCUAUUCUACCCCGAGUAUUACUCAAUGUCAAAACUUAUGACUGGCUUGCGAGCAGGAAAUUUGCACCAAGGAGUGUUCAACGUCUCACCAUACAACUACUUGGAGGGGUCUAUCAAGGUCCCGGCCUUUGACAAGCCCCUACUCAUUCUGGGUCGCGACAACAGCAACCGUGCCAUUGCAGGUGAUGUUGUUGUGAUUGAGCUCUUGCCCAAAGAUCAAUGGAAGUCACCCUCAACGAAGAUCGUUGAAGAGGAGACUGUAACGAAGAACGACAACCCCGAUACGGACGAGACAGAACCUAUGGUUACGGAUAGAGAGCGCAAGGCUCUUCAAGAAGAAGUCAAGCAGGCCCAUGGGAAGAACUCGGAGGGCAAGCCGCAGCCAACCGCCAAGGUUGUCGGUGUUAUCAAGCGCAACUGGCGCCAAUAUGUGGGACAUGUGGACUCAAAUUCGACCGCCUCACACUCUGGUCGGCGCCAGCAGACUGUCUUCGUGCUGCCGAUGGAGAAGAGAGUUCCUAAGAUCAGAGUCCGCACGAGGCAAGCGGGUGAUCUCAUCGGUCAGCGUAUCCUUGUCACCAUUGACUCUUGGGACCGGGACUCUCGUUACCCCACCGGUCAUUACGUCCGAUCCCUGGGAGAGCUGGAGACCAAGGGAGCUGAAACCGAGGCCCUUCUUCUGGAGUACGACGUGCAGUAUAAGCCCUUCCCCAAAUCUGUCUUGGACUGCUUGCCUGCAGAGGGACAUGACUGGAAGGUCCCUGCCUCAAAGGAAGACAAGGGCUGGAAUGGUCGACGAGAUCUACGUGAUCUGCUCAUUUGCAGUAUCGAUCCACCGGGUUGUCAGGAUAUUGACGAUGCGCUGCAUGCACGCCCUCUGCCAAAUGGCAACUUCGAGGUUGGUGUCCACAUUGCGGAUGUCUCACAUUUCGUCAAGCCCAACAACGCAAUGGAUCUCGAAGCAAGUGUCCGCGGCACGACGGUGUAUCUGGUUGAUAAGCGUAUCGAUAUGCUUCCCCAUCUUCUUGGAACAGACCUCUGUUCAUUGAAGCCCUACGUGGAGCGCUACGCCUUCUCCGUCCUCUGGGAAGUCACUCCCAACGCAGAGAUCGUGUCUUCCAACUUUACAAAGUCCGUGAUUCGCUCGCGCGAGGCUUUCAGCUACGAACAGGCUCAAUUGCGCAUCGACGAUCCCUCGCAAACCGACGAAUUGACAGAGAGCAUGCGAAACCUCCUGCGCUUUUCCAAGAUUCUCCGACAGAAGCGUUACGAUGCCGGUGCUCUGAACCUCGCUUCGCCUGAAGUCCGCAUUGAGGCAGGUGAUGAAGCCGGUGAUCCUCUUACCGACGUAAAGACCAAGGCCAUGCUCGAGACCAACAGUUUGGUCGAAGAGUUCAUGCUUCUCGCCAACAUCACCGUGGCAACCAAGGUUUACGGCUCUUUCUCGCAAACUGCUCUCCUCCGUCGUCACGCCACCCCGCCACCGCAGAACUUUGAGGACCUGAUCAACCAGCUGUCCAAGAAGCGAGGUAUGGAGCUCGAUGUAUCUAGCUCCGGUGCCCUUGCCAGCUCACUGGACCGCUGCGUCGACCCAGAGAACCCAUUCUUCAACACGUUGGUCCGUAUCUUGGCAACCCGUUGCAUGACCUCGGCCGAGUACUUCUGUGCCGGUGCCCAUGCCGAGUCAGAAUUCCGUCACUACGGUCUUGCGUCACCCAUCUACACACACUUCACCUCGCCCAUCCGUCGAUACGCCGAUCUUCUCGUCCACCGACAGCUUGCUUCGGCUAUCGGGUACGAAGGCGAGGACGGCCACGCCGUCAUUGAGGGUGUCAGCACUCGUGGCAAGCUUGAGGAUAUUUGCCGCAACAUCAACUUCCGUCAUCGCAAUGCUCAAUUUGCUGGCCGUGCCAGUAUCGAGUAUUACGUUGGCCAGGCCCUCAAGGCCCGCGGUGAGAAGAUGGCCGCAGGCGGCAUUGACACUGGUAUCGACGAGGAGGGAUACGUGAUGCGUGUCUUUGAAAACGGUGUGGUUGUGUUCGUGCCCCGCUUCGGUAUCGAAGGUGUCGUGCGCUUGGAGGACUUUGUGCUGCCCGGGGAAUCCGGUGUGUACUCCGUAUCUGAGCGACGGGAGUUGGCGGUUCAUCGCACAACGGACUUUGACAGCGAAGAGUACACGCUUCGGGUGUCGGAGAAGAAUCACUCGGAAAAGGAACGUAGUGUGCAGGUUGAGCUUUUCCAAAGGGUGAAGGUGAAUGUCAGCUCGGUCAAGGAAGAGGGUCGUGGUGCUGGCAAGCGCAGAGUUCGUGUAUUGAUUACUGGUUAA